AUGAUAUUCGACGACGCGGCCCCCUUCAACACGGAGUUAUUCAGCAGUCUGCUCGAUGACUUGAAGAGUCUGCGAGACACCAGAACAGUCGAUACACACAAGAAGAUCAUCGACAUUCUCAUCAAAUCGCUCGUCGAUGUUGAUCAAACCGACGGGCGCCGGGCAAAAAAAAGUGCUCAGAAAGCUGCUAUCGCCAUCAUUCACCUCGAUCCCCAGGAUGAGGGAUACCAGAAUGUAGCGGCCCUCCAGGACGAUUUCUGGCAUCUCAUGCUUGAUAUCGGGGCUCAAGUGCCAAGCGCUAAAAAUGAAGAACGUCGCUUUCUUUUCUACGUGAUGCAAUGCAUCGGGAUGCCUGGAACUGGAGAUAAAUAUACCGAAUUGACCCAGGACGAUUCUGCAGCGUCCUGGAGAAAGUCGCUGGCAAGUCUGGGUCCUGUCGUGAGGGAUAGUCUGACUGAUCCGACCUUCAAGGCCGAUGAGCAGCGUUCUUACACACUUAACCAAUGGGUGAACCUCAAUUCCUUCGUUGCGGCAAUAGUGCGCGUUGGACUGAUCCCUGGGAUUCCCUUUGCGAUUUGGUCAUUGAGGCAUGCCCUUGAAACGGAGCAUCCUUCUGGGCCUGACGCCGAUGCAGCUGUCGCUGUUGCUAGCGAUUGGAUGAAUAAGUGUGCGAGUCCCUUGCUUGCAAAAGCUCUACUAGCCAACGAACAUCCUAUUGGCGAUGGCGAGAAACAGAUUUUGGCCGCCGGAGAACUCUUCCAAGGUGAUCCAGGCUUGUCUCUGGAAAGAUGGUGCUUCUGGAGACGCCGAUUCGGAGUGCUGCGAGGUAACGUCUCCUCCAGUGCAGGGCAGGAGAUUGAUAACGCAUUGGGCGCCAUGAAUUAUGUCGAGUCUGAAGCUUAUGUGGCUCGAUCUAGUGUUGUUGGAGUUGAUGCUUUUUUCAGUCGCUGCUAUCAUUUGUGCGGACCUUAUCGUUAG